AUAGACAACAAUGAUAGACUACUAGUAGAGAACUAAUUUGUUUGUUGAAAUUGUGAUUCAUAGUCAACCUAUGAGGACAAAGAGACAUGGGAGAAUAAUUGUUAUAAUUCCCACAAACUAAUUUACACGGUUCGUCACUCCUUCGCUUAAAUAAUCCCAUUCCCGCACACCUUCUACUACUACUACUACUCCCCACUCUUCAAUUUCUUUAGCUAGAUCGAUUAUGGGUUUGGAUGAGCUUGGCCUCAGCCUAGGCUGCCAUGACAAAGCAGCAAACCACGAUCGUGAUCAUCAUCACCAAAACCAGAAGAAACCACACUUGAAAUUUGACCAACUACUGCCGUCUGAUCUCACGCUAGGACCAUCAGAUGAGGCAGGACCUAGAGGGUCUAAUUCUUCUUCUCCCAGCGGAGCCAUUUCAUCGUUUUCUAACUCGUCUAGUUUCAAGAGGGUAGACAGAGAUAUACCGGGUUCCGGUGAAGAGGUAGAGAGAGUAAGCGAGGAGCUAUAUGAAGAUCAGGCAGGGAGUCCCAGAAAGAAACUCAGACUUACAAAAGAACAAUCUGCCACAUUAGAAGACACCUUCAAACAACACACCACUCUCAAUCCUAAACAAAAACUAGAGCUGGCCAGAAAUCUAAGUUUACGGCCGCGACAGGUAGAAGUUUGGUUCCAGAACAGAAGGGCGAGGACUAAGUUGAAGCAAACUGAAGCGGAUUGCGAGCUGUUAAAGAGAUGUUGCGAGACUCUCAAAGAAGAGAACAGGAGGCUACACAAGGAGCUGCAAGAGCUCCAGUUAAUGAAACAGACACCAACGGCGCCAUUUUACAUGCAGUUUCCGACGGCUACCCUCACCGUGUGCCCUUCCUGCAGUGAAAGAAUUGUCAACGGUUCAAGCGCUGUUGCUGGUGAUGAUCAUCACCUUGGAGUAUCCAAGCCUCAUCACCUUCUCAACCCCUUUACUCAUCCAUCUACAGCUUGCUAGUUACUAGAGGCAACCUAUACAUCGAUGAUCGAUCAUAUAUUUCAAAUUAAUUGUAGAGAUAUGAAUUGCUACUGUGCGUAUAUUGAAAUUAUUAGUCUCUUUUGUCUUUAUAUUUACGUAUCUGUAAAUAUUACGUUUCGAUCAAUAAUCAAUCAAGUCACAAAUUUACAU